GUUUGUUUGGCAAAUCUCUGCACCUUUCAUGUUUACUGCACGGGGGUCAGGCGAGUCACCCUAGAGAUAUAAAUAAUGGAGAGUGUAGAACAUGUUGGCAGUGGUGAUGACCAUGCCGGUACUGACGGAUCUAAAGAUAGCUUAGAUAAUACAAAACGGACUGAAACUAUGGGAGACAAUGAGGAUGAGAAUUCUGCGGAGUUAGAUGUGGCAACAGAUACUAUGACUAUGGAUGCUAUGACAACAGAAACUAUGACGACUGAUGCUGGGGGUGGAGACACCAAAAAUGAUGCACGUGAGGAUGACACAGCAGUAAAUGAAGUGAGUGUUGAAAAAAAGAAAAUGGAUGGUUCAGGAGAUGCACCAAAACCAACAGUGAAUUCUACAGAGAGCAAUGAGGACACUAAGGAAAGCGAUCCAGAAGAAGUUGAGAAAAAGAAAUGGAUGGACAUACUUGGCAAUGGCCAACUGAAAAAGAAGGUGUUAAAACCUGGUGGAGGUUAUCGAAGUCGACCCGCAAGAGGAGACUUUGUGACUGUAAAAUACAAAACGUAUUUAGAGAAUGAUAAUGAAGUAGAAGAUUGCGAGUCUUUGAAAUUUAUCCUUGGUGAUGGGGAUGUGAUAGCUGCUUUUGAUUUAGCUGUUGCAGUGAUGGAGAUGGGUGAAGUUUGUACUUUGCUAUCUGAUUCACGAUUUACAUAUGGUGAUUUAGGAAGAGAACCAGAUAUACCAGGAGGUGCUAAGUUGAGAUUUGAAUUAGAAUUACUUGCUGUGGAUGAUGUUCCUGAUAUGUUUGAGAUUGAUGCAACACAAAGACUGAGUCUGGGUAACAAGAAGAGAGAACGAGGCAAUGAACUGUAUUUCCGUAAUGAUUAUUCAAAUGCAAUCAAUUCCUAUACAAGAGCAAUUAACUAUCUAGAACCUGAAGAGGGAAUGGUAAAUAAAGACGAAUUUAAAAAAAUAGAAGAAUUAAAAGUUAAAUGUUAUAAUAAUUUAGCAGCUUGUCAACUUAAGGUGGAAGCAUAUGAAGCUGCUUUGAAGUCUUGCAAUGCUGUUUUGAAAGUUGAACCUGACAAUGUGAAGGCGUUAUUCAGAAAGGCAAAGGUUUUAGCUCAAAAAGGAGAGUUAGAAGAUGCAGUGAUUUAUAUGAGAAAAGCUAUUAAGUUAGAACCAUCAAACAAGACAAUUCAUCAAGAAUUGGCCAAAAUAGUUGGUAAACUUAGUAAUGAAAUGAAAAGUACAAAGGACAUGUGCAAAAAGAUGGUUGGUGAUCUUGCUGAUUCUGCAACUAAGCUUGGUACUGAAAAGUCCGCUACAAAAUCCUGGUUUUCAACAACUGGUAUGCUGUUUGGAGCGGCAAUUGUGGGCAUUGGAGCAGUGGUCACUACAAUUAUAUUAUCCAUGAAAUAAUGGGUGCACUAUAACUAAUGUAUUCAGUAAAUUGCUGCCAACAAUAAUGGGAUUUAAAGUGUGGGGGGGCACUACCCGCGUGUUGUUAUCGUCGAUUGGGACUCAAAUCCCAUGCAUGUGUAAGUGACUACCCCCUCCUUUAAAAAGGCUUCAUUGAUAUGUGUAUAUAAUGGUACAUUUUUUACAUUGAUAAUCAUUGACUACUGAGAGUUUCCAUAUCUUGAUGGAGUGGAGUGUCAAUAAACAUUGAUACAGUCUGAG